UAAAGGUAGGCUUUACAAGCGGAUCUAGCACGUGUAUGGUAUGCAGCCAAACAAAACAUUUUAGAGGAUACUUGUUUAAAGUUUUUGUACACUAAAUAAUUCGAGUUACAGAAGUAAAUAUGACUAAGACAAAGAAAGAAAAAAGUGGCAAUGAAGAGGAGGCUGGAGGUACAGAGAAAUCCUACCAGGAUUUAAUAGCCAAUAUUAAUGCCAUUGCUAACCCCUUGGCAUCGCGAAAACUAAGCAAGAAGCUCUACAAAUGUAUCAAAAAAGCGGCAAAGGUAAAACAGAUUCGCCGGGGUGUAAAAGAAGUACAGAAGUUCAUAAACAAAGGAGAGACUGGAAUUGUCGUGCUUGCCGGAGAUACGCUUCCAAUUGACGUAUACUGCCACCUACCAGUAAUGUGUGAGGACAGAAACUUACCCUAUGCUUAUAUUCCCUCAAAAGCAGAUUUGGGAUCCUCAGCUGGUUCAAAACGCCCAACUUGUGUGAUCAUGAUCAAAAGGCAUGAUGAAUACAAGGCAUCUUAUGAGGAAUGUCUGGAAGAAGUCUCUGCCCUCCCCAAACCUAUUUGAGUGCACGUUCAAUCACAUUAUUGGUGUUAUUGGAAUCUUGGCUUAUGUAACUUGGCAUUAUAGCAUGUAAAAAAAAGUUGAUUACCCAAACAUGUACCAUACAGAAGUGUACCUGGUACCUAGUUGUACCCACCUAUUUUACUUCUUUGGUUUUUCAUAUGUUUGUUUAUUUGGCGUGACCUCAGAAAUCAUGAUGUGACCACCUAAGAUAAUGUCAAGUUAAUCUUGAUGUUGCUUUUGAAACAUUUUAGCUGACUUGUGUAACCUGUGCUCUUGAGGUCUCAGAUUGAGAGAUUUGUUCAUUUUGUCACAUACAUUAGGUUUAACCAUUUUUUGUAUGUAUUUUCAUGAAAUAUUUGAUAGUUUUAUUAGUAAAACUGCAGUAAAGUCUUUAAAUAAAUGUAACAGUUUAGCUUUUUAUGUUCUUGGGAUUAUUUUUUUUUCUUUGUUCUGAAAAAUAAUAAUUGUCCUAAUUCCAGUUCUAAUGCUGAAGCGUUUAUUUCUGAUGUGUAUAAUUUUGCAUUUGGAUUGAAAGAACUCUCCCAAACAGAGGGUUGAUUUUUGCUUCUAUUGCCUGCUUGUCUGGGUUAUAUUUAACUAAAUGGAAAAUGGAAAUUUCGGAAUGAUCUGGAAUACAAUACACAACUUUUCACAGAGAACUUUAGCACAAAAUGUUUUUUCCAGUCAAAUCUUUAAACCAAUAAAAAUGACAGUACAUGGUA